AUGGCGUCACAGAGUCCUCGGAGCUCACGUCCCGGGACCGCCCGGAAACGGUCUGAAAGUGCGACCACACCAGGAAGACCUAUUUCCAUUGAGAUCGCCGACACUCGACCUGAGAACAGAGACCGGUCGCAGUCUGUCACGCACGACGAAGGACAGCAGCCCCUCGGCGCCGAGUCUUUCAGUCAAGAUCGAGUGUUCCCCAUCAGGUCCGUUGUCUCAGUUGAUCCGACAGCUACUCAGUCUGGAUCCUCGUUGAAUACAAGAGGUGCUUUCUCGCCAACCCGCGAAGGCGCUCGACAAUACUCGAUCAUCGAUGCACGCACCUGGAACAGUCUCCAAGCUCAGUCCCAACAACCUCCGCCCCCGCCCCUACAGCCGAACCUCGAGCCCACGAUCCCUACCGAUGUUCUUCGACACGAGACACACCUCGUCAACGAUGAGACUGAAUUAGCCACCCAUUCUAUGGCUUCUCGGGUCUUUCAACACCCGGAGGUAUAUGCCAAGGCGAAGAGUGAUAGCGAAUCAACAACAAGCGGUACCAUUCAGCCAACAUUAAACGCGCCACCUGGGUCCAGCGAAUCAUACGGCCAUGUCACCACACGCUUCAAACAUGUGACGACUGAGAAUGGCCAUGCGGUAAUCACUGGCAGGGACGGGGACUCUUUUCAGUAUUGUGAAGAUGAACCUAUUCGAAUCCCAGGGGCUAUCCAAAGCUUCGGUUUGAUGAUUGCAAUGCGCGAGGAGUCCCCUAAUCAACUGGUUGUCCGUGUGGUUAGCGAGAACUCCGAGGAAAUUACGGGUUAUUCCCCUAGGCAACUCUUUGAGUUGGAGAGCUUCUGUGACAUCCUGGAUGACGACCAAGGCGACAGUCUGUUGGAUCAUGUUGAUUUUGUCCGUGAUGAUGCCUAUGAUCCCAGCGUUGAUGGUCCUGAAGUCUUCUCUCUGUCCAUCCGAAGCCCCAAAGGAGAGAUUAAUCAUUUUUGGUGUGCGGUCCACGUCAGCCAAGCACAGAAGGAUUUGAUUAUCUGCGAACUGGAAUUUGAAGACGAUGAGAUCAACCCUUUGAAUGUGGGUGGCUCUGUAACGCCCGGCAGCCCGACCGAGACGUUAGGCGUGUUUCCUACACCUGAACAAUUUGCCGCUAGUACCGUUAAUAUUAGCCAGCCACUUCGAAUUCUUCGCAAUGCCCGACGGAGAAAGGGCAAAGCUGCCUCUAUGGAAGUAUUUAGCAUGCUUUCUCAGAUCCAGGAGCAAUUAGGCCGGGCAAAUGACCUCGAUACGUUGCUCAAUACCACGGCAGGGCUGGUUAAAGAACUGACGGGAUUUCACCGUGUUUUGAUCUACCAAUUCGACAGCAGUUGGAACGGUCUCGUCGUGGCGGAACUAGUGGAUCCUAGGAUUACUAUCGAUCUUUACAAGGGCCUUCACUUUCCAGCAGCUGAUAUCCCGGCGCAGGCCCGUGAGCUUUACAAGAUCAACAAGGUUCGGUUACUUUAUGACCGUGAUCAAGUGACCUCACGUCUCGUGUGUCGGACACUAGAAGAUCUUGAGACGCCACUAGACAUGACUCAUGCUUACCUUCGAGCCAUGUCGCCCAUCCACGUCAAGUAUCUUGCCAACAUGAAGGUCCGAUCGUCAAUGUCAAUCAGUAUCAACGCUUUCAACAACCUUUGGGGCCUUAUAUCUUGUCAUUCCUACGGGAAUAAUGGCAUGCGUGUUGCUUUUCCUAUUCGGAAGAUGUGCAGACUUCUCGGCGACACAGUUUCGCGAAAUAUUGAACGUCUGUCUUACGCGUCCCGACUACAAGCGCGGAAGUUGAUCAACACGGUCCCAACCGAGGCUAAUCCAUCCGGUUAUAUCGUUGCGUCAUCGGAUGAUUUGCUGCAGCUUUUUGAUGCGGACUAUGGUGUCCUCUCUAUCCGCGACGAAACGAAGAUUCUUGGUGACAACCAGAAUUCGCAAGAGGUCCUCGCACUCCUGGAAUUUAUUCGUAUGCGUCAGAUCAAUUCAGUCCUCGCAUCUCAUGAUAUUGUCAAAGACUUCCCGGAUUUGCACUAUCCCCCGGGUCUUAAGGCUAUCUCUGGGAUGCUAUAUGUUCCUCUGUCAACUGGGGGUAAUGACUGUAUUGUAUUCUUCCGAAAGGGCCAACUCACGGAGAUUAAAUGGGCCGGUAACCCCUAUGAGAUUUCAAAACGGAAAGAGACCGCAGGGUAUUUGGAGCCUCGCAACAGUUUUGAAGCCUGGCGAGAAACAGUACUAAGCCAGUCUCGAGAGUGGUCUGAGACAGAUGUCGAGACAGCAGCUGUACUCUGUCUUGUCUAUGGAAAAUUCAUCAAGGUGUGGCGUCAAAAGGAGGCUGCUAUGCAGAACUCUCAACUCACGCGACUACUGCUCGCCAACUCCGCUCAUGAAGUUCGGACUCCGCUGAACGCAAUUAUCAACUACCUGGAGAUAGCACUAGAGGGAGCUCUUGAUGCAGAAACCAGGGAGAGCCUGACAAAAUCUCACUCUGCCUCCAAAUCUCUGAUCUAUGUCAUCAAUGAUCUGCUUGAUCUAACAAACACGGAGAAGGGCCAAGAGUUGAUCAAGGACGAAUCCUUCAAUCUAAAGACAACUUUUGAGGAGGCAACUGGCAUGCUAGCUGGAGAAGCCAAGCGAAAAAAUAUUGCAUACAGCGUGACGGUACAUCCAGGAGUUCCAUCUAUGGUUCUAGGCGACCAACGACGCGUACGCCAAGUAUUCUCCAACUUGAUUUCAAAUGCCAUUCAAAACACGGUAUCUGGUGCAGUUACAGUGGAGAUGUGGCGAUCGGCAAAUCAAUCUUUGCCUGGUCAUAUCGCAAUUGAGACUAUGAUUGUCGAUACUGGAGCGGGCAUGUCCAGUUCCAAGUUGGAGGCGCUGUUUUAUGAACUUGAGCAAGUUUCGACUGAUGACAACUACUAUACGGAUCAAGAACAAAAACAAGAUGAUCAACCUGGAGAAAGGCGUGUCCUUGGUCUUGGUCUUGCUUUGGUCGCACGAAUCAUUAAUAAUAUGCAGGGUCAGCUUGGUGUCAAGUCUGAAGAAGGUAAAGGCAGCCGAUUUAAGGUCCUGUUACAAUUCAAGCUUCCAGAGGGAGCUUCCGCAGCGACCCCGUCUGAAACUGGUGUAGAGCAGAUGAUAGUGCCUCCCACACCGAUGAAUUUCGACAAGGAGUUCACCCUGGUUGGGGCAGGAACUCUCGACAAUCGAGAUGACCGACGUCGCAGUUCUGAAAGCCUACGCAGCGGGGGCAGCUCUCGCAGUGGAAAGAGUCAGGCCGAUAGACUCAUCAGUGCCAUGCAGGAACCUCCUCUCGUCAAGCGUUCCGGGAGUCAAAGCUCUGAUAUGUGGCAGCUCAGGCAGUCUACCAGCCCCGCGAGCGGAACCAAUCUGUCAGCUUCUAUGGGUUCUCCGCCUGCCAGUCUCAAACGCCUCUCGACUACGCAAGAUAACCUUGCCACUUUGUCAACAGUCACGCAUACACCACCGCUCACUCUCCAGCCUUUCAACACCCCGCCUGCCCCAGGCACGGAGAACAUCACCGACUCUGGCAUGCCAAUGGGACCCCUCCGCAUCUCCGAGCGGCAUUUGAAGCACCGGGCACAGCAGCAGGCGGAUGAUCAGUCUUACUUUCCUAGAAUCCCUCUUCCAGAAAGAGAAAUAUCGGUCGCUACUUCGACUACCGGUGCUACUUCCACAAAUCCUACCUCACUGUAUCCGGAGAAUCGCCAGUUGCUACAUGUACUCGUCGCUGAGGAUGAUCCCGUGAAUAGUAAGAUCGUUCACAAACGCCUGACUAAGCUUGGGCAUACGGUCCAUCUUACUGGUAACGGCGAUGCAUGCGCCAAUGCCUUCAUCUCUGAGAGCAAGGCAUUGGAUGUUGUCUUGAUGGAUAUUCAAAUGCCCAUUGCAGAUGGAAUGACCGCUACCAAGAUGAUCCGCGAUCAUGAAGCCAAGGCAGGCUCUGCUUGCCUUUCGGAAAAGGCCAAGCUCAACCAUCGAAUUCCGAUAUUCGCGGUUUCGGCGUCUCUGCUCGAGUCAGAGAAGCAAAAUUAUGUCGACAUUGGAUUUGAUGGUUGGGUCAUGAAACCGAUUAACUUCGCGCGACUGAACGACCUGCUGAAUGGCAUAACCGAUCCCAAAGCUCGGAAAGAUGCUACAUAUAAGCCCGGUCAAUGGGAAAACGGUGGAUGGUUUGAACCUUCGGAUCCAGGCCCGUAA